AUUUGGGUGAGCUUGGGGGUGUACACAAAACAAACCCCCUAACUACAGCGAAGAAGAAAAGAAAUAAAACAGUGACGAACAAAUGCGCCUCUAUGCGUUCGGAUCUAAUGGCUCCGGCCAAUUGGGGAUCGGGCACGUCGAGGACGUUUCGGUGCCUACGCAAUGUCUUUUUGAUGAUGAUGAUGAUAGUCAUGAUGGUGAUGGUGAUGAUGAUGAUGAAGUCCUUCGCAUAGCUGCUGGUGGGAAUCAUACUCUUGUUCUGUUCCGGUCUGGAGCUGUUUAUGCGGCUGGAUGCGAUGAGGAUGGGAGGUGUGGUGGGUAUAAGACGGGUGGUGGGGAUGGGGGUUCGUUGUUGAAGUUUGUGAGGGUGGUUGUGGAUGAAGAUGCCGGUGGAAAGAAGAGGAUUGAUAUGUUCAAGCAUGUUGCUGCGAUGUGGGAGAUGACGAUCCUUGUCUCGUUGGAAGAACAAGAAGAAGAAAAGGUCUUCGUCAUGGGUUCUGGUGCCAAAGGAGAAUUAGGUCUUGGACCUCAGACAACGCGGGUAGUGAAACCGGUCCGCAUCCCUGAUUUCCCACCUCGAGGAACGAGGAUUGUUUCCAUCUCGAGCAGUGUUGGACAUGCGGUGGUGGUGUUGUCGAAUGGAGAUGUAUAUGGAUGGGGAGCGGCGAGGAAAGGGCAGUUAGGAGAAUCCGUCAAGGACCAGAAGAUUGUCUGGUCGCCGGUGAAGAUCGAGGGGAUCCAUUUCCAUGCUACUGAUGUGGCGUGCGGGAGGGAAUUUACUGUCAUUACGGGGAAUAAAGAGUCUGGAGAGUUCGUUAUUCUCGGUCCUGCUGGGCUGGAUCGUUGGCGGAUCUUAUCUGAUGCUCCCCAGCCGGCAGACGUAGCUGGGUUUUCACUUGUGGCUGCCAGUUGGAACGGUAUCUAUAUACAUGGGGGUAAUGGGUCUGUCAAGGCUUGGGGCCGCAAUGACAAGGGUCAGCUUCCGCCGCCGGGUCUUCCUAGGUCGAGUAAGAUUGCCGUUGGGAGCGAGCACGCGCUUGCGCUGCUUGAUGACCAGAAAGUCGUGGCUUUUGGCUGGGGAGAGCAUGGGAACUGUGGUCCAGACACGGAUGCACAGGGAAAUGUGAAUGGUCGAUGGAAUGAGAUUCCGGUUCCUGCCAAAGGUGGAGCUAAGGUCGUUGGUCUCGGCGCUGGUUGCGCUACAAGCUGGAUAAUCGUGUCCUGAGAGCAGCCGAGAUGACUUAUAUCGCAAUGAGUGAGGCCUUUUAUGGCUGUACGUGCGUCUGGGAUGUCAACACCAGCCGAACGGGUUGUCUCGAGAAUAUACCAGACAUGAUGUACUAGGCUCGGUGCUCUUUCAAUCGAAAAGACCGCGGAUCUGUUGUCCGUGUCAACACU